CAACGACACAAUAAAAUAAGAAAUCAAAGUGCAACCUUUGUUAAGAAAGCAGAACAAUGUCAUUGGUAACAACAGAAAUCAGAGAAAAAUCAGAGAUAUAUCAUGGAAACAAAGUAUGCCAAGAGAAAAUACAAGAGUUUUUGAAGAAAAUUGGUCUUCCCAAUGGUCUGUUACCAUUGAAAGAUGUUGAAGAGGUUGGUUUCAACAGAGAAAGUGGUUUCUUUUGGCUUAAACAAAAGGAAAAAACAACCCACAAAUUUGAAAAUCUUGGAAAGGUAUCUUCCUAUGAUAUUGAAGUAACUGCAGAAGCUGAGUAUGGUAAGAUUAUGAAUAUCAAAGGUGUGAAAUCUAGAGAGUUUAUGCUUUGGAUUGCAAUAGCUGAUAUUUACAUUGAUAAUCCACCCACUGGAAAAAUCUAUUUCAAAACUUAUUCUGGCAUUUCAAAGUCAUUGCCUUUUUCUACUUUUGAAAUUGCAGAGGAAUCAACUAGUCACAAUCAAAAUAACCAAAUCAAAGAGCUCUAAUUUCACUUCCAUGUGCUUCAUACCCCAUAAUAAAAUCUCUAUCUUUGUAUUUUCUAGUUUAUAUUAUAUAUAAUUUCAAAAUUAUUAUAAUCAUGGGUUGACUUGGCUUUUAAAUUUCUGAAAUAAUAAAUUACUCAUAUUUCAUUCAA